CUCCGGGAACAACGUGGUCCCAUGUUAUCUUUCGUCAGGUGCUUUUGAAAGCGCUGUUUUGAUUGGUCGAGAAUUCUCAUGCUGCGGAGUGAGCACUUCCGUUUGUGACGCAUGGAGUUUGUGAAUGUUGUUAAUAGCAGACGGCUUUUGUGGGAAGUUCACUCGGUGUUGGUAAGCCGUGAAGGGUAAACGAGUAACAGUGGAUAACCACAACUUAAUCAAAAUGCCUGGCCCAACAGCGACUGAGAACAAGGGAUGGCCACAAGAUGUCGGCAUCAUCGCAAUGGAGGUGUACUUUCCCUCCGAGUAUGUUGAUCAGACAGAGCUGGAGAAAUUUGAUGGUGUGUCGGAGGGAAAAUACACCAUUGGACUCGGACAAUCUAAAAUGGGGUUUUGUUCUGAUAGAGAAGAUAUCAACUCUUUGUGUUUAACUGUGGUGCAGACAUUGAUAGAAAGGAAUCAGAUUGCCUACAGUGAAAUAGGAAGGUUAGAAGUGGGCACAGAGACUCUUAUAGACAAAUCCAAGAGUGUCAAGACUGCGUUGAUGCAGCUUUUUGAAGACAGUGGCAACUCAAACGUUGAAGGCAUCGACACAACCAAUGCCUGUUAUGGAGGGACUAAUGCAUUGUUUAAUGCUCUCAACUGGAUUGAAUCAAGUUCUUGGGAUGGUCGCUAUGCACUGGUGGUAGCGGGAGAUAUUGCUGUAUAUGCCUCAGGGAGUGCCAGGUGCACUGGUGGCGCCGGUGCCAUCGCCAUGCUGCUGGGACCAAAUGCUCCACUUGUCUUUGACAGAGGUGUCCGUGGCACACACAUGCAGCAUGUGUAUGACUUCUACAAGCCUGACAUGGCCUCCGAAUACCCCACCGUGGAUGGCAAGCUCUCCAUCCAAUGCUACCUCCAUGCUCUUGACAAGUGCUACGAGGUCUACAGUGCCAAGGCUCAAGCCAGGGGAAUCAAAGUUGGUCCAAAUACACUGGAUGUAGCAGACGCUUUUCUUUUCCAUUCUCCAUAUUGUAAAUUAGUUCAGAAAUCAUUAGCUAGACUAAUGCUGAAUGACUUUCUCCGAGACCCGAGCCCAGACUUUAAGGAAAAGUAUGCUGGGCUUGAGGAUUUCAGGGAAGUAAAACUUGAAUCUACAUAUUUUGACAAACAAGUUGAAAGUGCCUUUGUGAAAGCUAGCAAAUCCACCUUUGAGAAGAAGACAAAGCCAUCACUACUGAUAUCCAACCAAGUGGGGAAUAUGUACACACCCUCCCUGUAUGGAGGCCUAGCUUCAGUCUUCAUCCUCUCUCAUCAGCAGGAACUUGCAGGGAGACGUGUAAUCUUGUUUUCCUAUGGGUCAGGCCUAGCUGCUUCCAUGUUCUCCCUGAAGGCCACAGAUGAUGUCUCCCCAUCGUCACAGCUCCGCAGAGUCGUGGCCAGUCUCAGCAACCUGAAGCAGCGCCUUGAUGCCAGGGCCAAGGUGGACCCCAAGAAGUUUGACGAGACCAUGAAGCUCCGACAAGAGACACAUCAUCUAGCCCCUUACAACCCAAUAGGCAAUACCGAGGUGUUGUUCCCAGGCACCUGGUAUGUGACAGAAAUCGACGGCAUGCAUCGACGAAAAUAUGAUCGUAAACCAGCUGAUAACAACCUGAUCCAACCAACACCUGUAGAGAACUCUGUUAGUGAAGUUAAGAAAUCCAAGGUUGAAACACCAGCCCAGAUCACAACAGCUGUCAAUUCAAGUUGAGAACCGUGUUCCCUAGAUUCAGUAUUAGUUAUAUAUGUGUAAAUACCUGCCCUCGCUACUGAGGUGUACAUUGCUGUUAUGGUGCUUCACUGUGAAAUUAUUGCUGUGUCAAAUAUGUCUGUUACACUGUACAUAGAAAUUAUAGAGCUCCUUGGAUGUUUGGCAGUCUUAUGAUAUUGAUUACAUAAAUUGUCCCUAACUUAAAAGCAUGGCACAUGCUGAAUUGAUGAAUAAAUAAAACAUAAAUAUUUCUCUUUCUUUCUUUAGAAGAAUUUCAGACAAAAACUUUACUGAAAUAGUGCUUGGAUAUUUUAUUAGCUAUUGAUUCUUUUCUCUAUUAAUGUUCUAAAUAUGGAUACUCAUCAGUAUGUUACAAGGAGUGAAGUUGUAUCUUGUUAUGUAAAAUGUGGCUCAGGGUUGUUUCCACAUGACAAUUUAGUACCAGAUUUUAUUCUGAAAGUUAUUUUCAAUUUUUAUAGAUUUUUAAUGUAGCACUGAUAUUGGUAUAUUUUUUCCAGUUCACAAUCAAGUAGAUGAUUUGAUCAAAUUUUUACACUUCUUACAACAAUCAUGAAAAUAUCCUGCAGAACAGAUUUGUUAUACAACUGUUUGCUGCAGUACUGGUAAAUCAUUCUUUAUAGUGUUUAUAUAUAGAGAUUGUUUUUUGAAAAGGGUAGUUGACUGUUGGCAUUAAAACAACAGGUCUUACAGGUUUACAUGCAUUUGCAUGUUGUAGACACAGCAUCAAAAGUGUUCAUAGCAUGUUUGUACAACUUCCACACUGAAAGUUGAUAUGGCCUGUCUACCAUUGAUAAACAGUUGGGGCCUAGCUGGCUGGUGAGGUAAUCUGGCGUUAUUGCGACCUGUCACAUCCAAUCUAGGCCAUUACUGUGAAUCGUAAUGAAUAGCAACACUCCCGUGACAACUGUUUGUCAUAUUUUGUCAUUCUUGAUUUUCGUGUAAUUUCUCUAGUACACACAAAUAUGUUAUAGUAUUUUUCUUCUUCUUUUUUCUUUUUGUUUGUUCCAAUAAUGAAAAGCCACAAUCACAGCCUCAGGCUGCUGUGACUGAUAAUACAUAUACUGGUAGAGCUGGCUGCAGUUGCAGUGAGAAAGUUCAGAGAAUGUAUUGCAGUGGUAGCGUUCUGUGUUCAAUAGUCAAUAGAAAUUUCUGCUCUCAGGGCUGUUUGAUAUUACUUUGUAUUUAGCACCAGUGGAAUGAAGGUUGUAAAAUUGUCCAUAGUUUCUGUUUUGAUACAAAUUACUAUGAUGACUACUACUACUACUAUUAGUAGUAGUAGCAGUAGUAGUAGUAGUAGUAGUAGCAGUAGUAGCAGUAGUAGUACACCACCGCGAUAUUGCUGGAAUAUUGUUAAAAGCAGCAUAAAACCAUACUCACUCAUUUACUGCUACUACUCUGUAUGACUCUUUCAAAGAUGAAACAAGAUUGCAAAAUACCUCAAAACAGAAUCAGUUAUGGUCAAUUUUGCAGGUUUUGUGAACUUAUCGAUAAGCUAACAUUGUGUAGAUGUCAGCUGCAUCACUAGGAUGUACAGUAGAUAUAUUGUAGGAUGUUGUGCAGUCAGAAACCAUCUUCGUCCAUGACUCACAGUUUGGUGUGGUCUCAUCUGUGAUAGGUAUUGCUGUGCAAUUGGUUGUGGUUGACGUGUGAGUGGCAGCAACUGACGACAUGUGUACAUGUCAGUCACACUGCCACAUGUGUGAAAGUUCUUUACUGUUAUGAAUGUUGUGUUUUCCGAGGUGAAAGAUGAUUGCCAAAUACAGUAUGCUGGUAUGUAGUGUAUUCAUUUUUUGUUGCUUUUUUCACUUAAACUUUAGAAUAAAUUUACUAUAUAUGUUAAAUAGUUCAAAAUCUGACACAUAUAAGAGGAAUUAUAAAAAUGAUGUGGCAUGGUGUCUAUCAUUGUACAUGACAUCACAAACGGACUACAUUUCAUUGUCUGAACAACAGACUGCCUUCAGUGAAAUUUCACUGUUGGGUUGAUAUUAUAUAUUUUUUUGUUCAUAUUCUCUGAAAAUGUUGAUUCGAUAUGAAGAACAACAUUUAGAAUUAUGAAUUAAUUGUCCCUGGUGAAUGUACGAAUACCGUAAGUUGCCCGCCAGAGGCGAGGGUUAUCAACAUUCAUUCACUCCAGACAGAUAAUUGGUAAUUCUGUCACAUUGAUAAUUAAUAAUCGUCAGUCACUCAUGGUCCACCUAAACAUAUCAGAGUUAUAGGAUUAAUUUCUCUCUUUUUUCACCAGUGAGAAAACAAUCCGCAACAUUUUCCUGAGUUGUACACUUUAUGAACUCCCGGUCUAUAAGACGUUUUUUGCAAGAACCAUGCAUGUUUGUUAUUUUGCCUCUUGUAGGUUUAUGCAUAGUUCAGCAAUACGGCCUGUGUUUCUUGUCAAGCUGUUCACUUAUACUCAGUAUAUGUAGACGUUCCCACCUAUUAUUGCAGAGCAUUUAUACAUAUAGUGCCACAAUGCUGCAUAGUCACUGGUAAUGAGAUAGUCAGUGUAUAUGAGGUGUACAUUUGUUAAUACAUUCCAUAUCAUGUCUAUAUGAAUAAACCACUAAUUAAGCAUGA